AUGCGCUCCUCGGCCCUGGAGCUGAGGCCUAUCGAGUAUCGAUUCGGCUCUUUGGCGCACAUAGAUGGAUCCGCAAGCUUCUCGUUCGGAGCUGAGCUGGUCACAUUAGCUGGAGUCAGAGGUCCAUCCGAAGUCCGCAUACGGGACGAGCUCACAGACAAAGGCACCUUGGAGAUCCUCUUUCAACCUUUGGGAAGUCCCGCUGCUCUACCCGCCACGAGUCUGGCAGCAUCUCUAAGGUCACUAUUCUCGGGCAUCAUCAGGCUGGGUGUAUACCCACGAACGCUGGUUCAAAUCCAUUUGCAGACUUGCUCGGUCCCACUCGAGCCCCAUCGACCUCCUACGGAAGAAGAGAACGAUAAGCUUUUGCCUCCACACCCGGAUGCUCCCAUCUCUGCACCCGAGAAAUCAGCCCUCAUCAACGCUAGCAUGGCAGGCCUCAUCGAUGCAGGCGUAGAGUGCAGAGCUACAGUUACCAGUGUUAGUCUGGCUUGUCUGCCUCGGAGAAAGGCCAAGGAGCUGAGAGAGAACAGAAGAGCUUGGAGAGCUGGUGAAGUGGAUGUCACCAAAGAGGAUGAUGAGAUGGAUGAAGGCGAUGAGUAGUGAGUCUGAGCCACACCGCCCCUAUGACUUGCGUAAGAUGUAUGCGCUCUUUUACUGACUCGUGAACUCAUCGAGCGUAUAACAGCAUGAUUCUGCUCGACCCUACCCCCGCCGAGCUGAGAUGGGCGACUAGCGAUCAUGUCUUUGCGUUUGCAUUUUCUGGCGGCUCACCCCAGAGUCCAGGCCAAGUGCUUGCCGAGCUGGUCUUUGCGGAAAGCUCGGGACGGACAGAGUGGUCGAAGGUGAGUGUGACGACUGGAGUACCAGGCAAAGUGCUCCCUUGUGCAGCUCCAUCUACUGAACCGGCAACAUGCGCAAUCCUUGCAAUCUCAUAGCACAAAGAGGUCACAUCCUUGGCCAGGGAGGCGGCGCAAUCUGUUCUCUCCGUGUUACGACAAACAUGCCGAAAGAAUGCGACAGAAAGAUGA